AUGGCUGCUUACUCCUCUCCCUCCCCAGACCCUCGUUACCCCAGUCCAGGUCAAUCAUCCGGGUAUGACUCAGAGUCAUCCCCCUCCGUUGCUGACGUGGCAGCUGCGGCGCUGUCUGACGUGUCGGAGGAGGAUUUGCGGACGAGAACCCCGGUGAUGGUGGGGAAGCGGGCGCUGAUGGGAGUGGAGGGUAUGGGAAUGUCAGGGUCGCCCGGGUUCCUGUCAGGGUUCAUAGCGUCUCGUCCCAAGAACGACCGCGCUGAGAUGCUGGACCCCAAGUUCUACCUCGAGUCGUUUGACGCUGUGAGGGCGGAGUUGGAGCAGCUACCGAGCGACACGGUGGCGCUGCAGCAGCUGGGCAUGCACAGCGGGCGGCGGCUGCUGCAGCUGGACGUGAUCACGGAGCAGCUGGCCACGCAGGUCAUGAACCACCACCAGAAAAUGGUGCAAGGAAUGCAGCUGGUGGGGGAGCUGGACCGAGAGCUGCGGGUGGUGUCCGUCAUCUGCCGGAAUGCGAGGCGGCAUCUGAACAAGGCGAUGGAGGAGGUGGCGAGCGACCUGGUCGUGGCUGCUAGUGUCAACAAAAAGAAGAUGCUCACUGUGGUGGACGUGGACUGCCUUGAUUCUAUUCCUCCUCUUCCCCCCUCACCAAUCCCUCUCUCCCCCGCCAACCAGAGCAUGCUGCCAGUGCUGAUGCGCAUGCAGCAGGUGGUGGAUGUGAGGGGCCGCAUGGAUGCAUGCAUCGACGAGGGCGACUUCGCCCGCGCGCUGCGCCUCUGCUCGCACUGCCUCGUGCUCAUCGAACAGAACGCUCAGCUGGCUUCGAUACGAGACAUGAACAUCAGCAUUGAGGUGGGUGUGUCGGUGGGAGUUGAGGAGUGUCUUACCUGGGUGGUGGACCAUGUAGAUGCUCUGCUCUUCACUGUCUGCAAGUCCUUCUGUUCCCUUCCCCGUGCCCUAUUGUGUCCUCCGCUCCUCCCUCCAUGCCCCCUCUCCCCAACCCUCAAACAGGAGUGGCUCACCCGGGUUGUGGACCAUGUAGAUGCUCUGCUCUUCACUGUCUGCAAGUCCUUCGACUCGCCUUCUUAUGCAGUCGUGAUUGAUGCGUAUGCAGUGAUGGACGAUGCGGCCACGCUGGCCGACAAGGUGCAGAACUUCUUUGCACAGUCGGUCGUCACCUGCACCUACGACACACUGCUGCAAUUCCUCGAGCAGGCGAUGGGGGAGGAUGACGGGCACAGAAGCAGGCUGGCCUACAGUGAGCUGUGUGUGGAGCUGCCGGACGGCGUGUUCCGUCUGUGUCUGCUGCGUACUCUGGGUGUGCUCUUUGACCUGUUCACAUCACACCACCACAUGAUGACGUGGCGUCACCCCUACGUCAAGCGUCCCAACACCAUGUCAAAGGACCGCCUCCUCCGCAUGGCAGCACCACCUCCUGUGUGUGCCCCUCUGUGCACAUCUCCCUCUGAUUCCCCUUUGUCCCUUCCCCCCUCUCCUCUCCCCAGCGCCCCAACACCGUCAAUGGACCGCUUCCCCCGCAUGGCAGCACCAGACCUCCGCCCCAACACCAUGUCAAUGGACCGCUUGCAUGGCAGCACCGGACCCCGUGUGUGCCCCUCUGUGCACACCCACCCUUUAUUCCCCCCUUUCCCUUCCCCCCUCUCCUCUCCCCAGCGCCCCAACACCAUGUCAAUGGACCGCUUCCCUCGCAUGGCAGCACCGGACCCCAUGUCUUCUGAGGGCGCUGCAGCAGGUGGUGAGGGCAGGGCACCCGGGGAGUCGCGAGAGGGGUUGCAUGCGAGGCGGAGGAGCCAGAGCCUGGUGAUCGAGAUCCCUGGGGGCGGUGAGCAGCUACAGGAGAAAGUUGAGGAGGGGGAUAGUGAGAGGGACAACGGGGCUGAACCAGGGAAGGUGCAAGACGGGGAGAGAAACAGCGGGAGUGAGGGUGCUGGUGGGUCAGACGGGCAGAGAUCAGGUGUGCAGAGGACAGAAGCACAGAGGUCCAGUUCAGAGAGGUCAGAUGCACAGGCGGCGCAGCAGCAGACGGGGCACGCGCAGUUGCAGCAGCAGAGGCGGCAGGUGAGGCGGUCGUCAAGUGAGGGGCACAACGAGGCAUGGGGCAGUGCUGGUGCGGCUGCUGCUGCUGCUGGUGCUGAAGCUCUGGUGAGAGACGGCCGCCCUCCCAUCCCCUCUGCAGGGCCUUCUGGGACAGAAGCAGCCGGAGGAGGCGGAGGAGGAGGAGGAGGAAGGGGGGGUUUGGGAGAAGGGAUUGCGGCAGCAGCUGUCGCAGCAGCAGCCGCAGCAGCAGCAGGCGUUGGUGUUGGAGGUGGAGACGAUAGAAGCAGAACUCGGGGUGGGGGAGGGGGAGCGGACAUGGCACUGAGAACAGACGAUGUGAUGAUGAUGGGGAGUGACUUUAGGGAGGGGUCGCUGGCGGACCUGCCGCCCAACGUGGCGCGUAAAAUGCGCGUCAGCACCACGGCUGCGGUGUGCCGCGCGCUGCAGAAGAAUAGGAAGGCCGUGUGGGAGUUGGCGGCGAGGAGGGCUAGCAGAGAGGGGUCGCUGGCGGACCUGCCACCCAACGUGGCUCGUAAGAUGCGCGUCAGCACCACGGCUGCCGUCUGCCGCGCGCUGCAGAAGAAUAGGAAGGCCGUGUGGGAGCUGGCGGCUCGCAGGGUGGGUGCGCUGCUCACCGCGCCGGCGCUCUGCUCGGGGUCCUCACAACAGUUUCUCCAGCUCGUAUGCCGAACCCACCUGGCUCUUCUUCUUUUCCUCCCUUCCCUUCCAUUGUCAUCUUCUCUUCUCCCUUGCCCCCAGUGCUUGGAGUGGGUGGACAAGUUUGCAGCAGUGGGAGAGGCGUUUACGGGGGUGGAGGCGGCGGGGCUGAGAACUAAGAUGGUCAAGCAGAGCGAGGUGUACUUCAACACCUUCCACCGCCAGAACCUCAAGGUGCUGAAGAUGAUUCUGGAGCGGGAGACAUGGCUGCGCCUACCACCAGACACCAUCCACUCUCUUACACAACCCACUUCUCUUUUGCAACCCCUGCUUCGUGCAUGCACCCACCGCCAGGUGUUGAAGAUGAUCCUGGAACGAGAGACAUGGCAGCGCCUACCACCAGAGACCAUCCACACGCUCAGACUCAUCAGCCUCACCACCUCCUCCGCCCCCUCCUCCUCUUCCUCCGCCUCCUCCUUUGUCCUCUCCACCCAGUCGUCCUCCAAUUCUGUAGGGGGUAGGGAGAGUGGGGGAGCAGAGGGUGUGAGUUCGGGUGGUGAGGGAGCGAAGGAGAGGCGGGAUUUCCGGGAGUGGUUGGAACGAGGAAACCCAUUUGCAGCAGUGGAGGCAGGGGAGGAGGAGGCAGCGGAGGGGAGGGAGGGAGGGGAGAGGGCGGAGGGUGGUGAAAGGAGCAGCAGCGGGAGUGGUGACGGAGGGACGGGGGGCAGGGAAGGAGGAGCAGGAGCUGCAUCUGGUGGCGCUGCAGCGUCAGCAUCAGGGGCAGCAGCAGGGACGAGGGAAGGUGGAGACGGGAGCAGCAGAGGGCAAGCAGGGAACCCACAGGGACGGAUUCUGCCAGGGGGGCGAGCAGAGUCAGACAGAGCGUGCCGAGGAAACCGGAGCCAAGCCCCAGCGAGGGGAGCAGGAGUGAGGGGCAGGGUCAGUGCGGAUGGGGAGGGGGUAGGGGAGGGAGAGGAAGACGAGGACGAGAGGGAGGAGCUUAUGGCGGAUUAUAUAGACGAGGAGGAGGUGGGGGUGUCGGCGGCUGUGCUGGCGGGUAGGGGAAGGCGGAGGUCGGAGGAUGGAGGUGGGGAUGUGGGGGGGAGAGGCGGGCUGGAUACGGGCCUGGCACUCACUGGCGCUGCUCUCACGGUCAUCAGGUGUGUGGCUGCUGGGGUCGGUCUCUUAUCGUCAGGUCUGGGGCUGCACAUGUCCCUCCUUCAGAUAUCAGCAGCUGUGUGUUAUCAUUAUGCUGCUGCUUUCAUGUGCUCCUGUGCUCCUCUUCCCCUGUGGCCGCCCCUCUGUCCCCCUCUCAACCCCUCAGGCUCAUGGACCGCUACACUCGCCUCAUGGGACUUCUGCGGUUGGUUUGACUCGAAAGUCACCCUUGCUGCUUUUGUGUACUUCUCCCUUUUCCCCUGUGACCGCCCCUCUCAACCCCUCAGGCUCAUGGACCGCUACACGCGCCUCAUGGGGCUGCUGCCUCCUGUCGCUUCUGGGAUCUUCGCUGGUUUGUGCCAGCUGUUUGACCUCUACCUCGUGACGGUCUUUCGGCUGUUUGGCAGCCCCGAUGCCGUUAGCACACUGCGCUCCUCCGACCCUGCUGCUGCCGCCCUGCUGACCCCUAAGCUGCGCACCACACUGGCACGUGUCGCGCAGGGAUUGGACGAUGCACGCAACAAGCCCAUCUCGUCCCUCUCCCCCACCGGCACUCCCUCCGUGACUGGCGCAGCGGCAGCAGCAGCGCUGGGAGAAGCAGCUGCCGCGGCUGCAGCAGCAGCAGUGGAGGCGGUGGGGGGGGUGAUUGGCGGUGGGAGCAGCAGUGGCAGCUUGGCAGGGGGCGGUUCGAACAACGUACUGGUCUCUUCUUCAAACAUGUUCGGACUUAAGGAGCGCUGUGUGGCGAUGGAGUCGCUGAUGUGGCUAACGGACAUGCUGCGGCAGACCAAGCCGCGCUUCCAGUCGCUGCUCGCCCCGCCUGCCUGGACCUCCAUGGAUGUCUUCUAUGCGCGCACGCUGGACGCAGUACCAGACCUGUGGGAGCAUGUGCUGCGAACCCUCGUCAAGCUGCUGCUCAACAUAGCAGGCACGGCGGACCGCAUCGCUGCUGUCAACUGGGAGCCGGUUGACAUUGGCACACAGCACAACAUCUAUGUGGAGAAUCUGGUAGCCGAGUUCCGCCUUUUCGCCCACCGCUUGGGGCAGUCUGGAGCGCCUCGACAGGUGCAGGACCAGCUGGUGGCAUAUGGCCUGGACGAGCUCUGUGACGUCAUGCUGGAUGGCAUCUGCCGGGUCAAGAAGUGCAACAGCAAUGGCCGUGCCCUCAUGUCCCUUGACCUUCAGGUGCUGGUGCAGGGGUUGCAGCCCAUAGUGGGGCGGGGGGCAGUCAAGGGGCUGCAGCUCGUCGACAACUACAUCAAGGCAUUCUACUUGAGUGAGAGUCAGAUCAUUGACUGGGUGCGAGCACAUCCGGCUCAACCGCCGGUCGCGGAUAGAUCGCAGCCGUUCAAUCGGGCAGACGACGGUCCUGUAGACCUCGCGAUGGACGGCGGCGAUCAUCCGGAGGGUCUCAAGGGGGGCUCUCCUCGGAACGAUGCCGCUUCCCCUGACCGCACCUUGAUGCGAAGCGCUCCGCCGUGUUCGGGGGAGGACUCCGCGAGAGCAGACUCCGCGGGAGCAGACUGCGCGGUAGCAGACUCCGCGGUAGCAGACUCCGCGGGUUUUGACGUCGCGCAGCAGCCGCGCGCGCGGGACACUGGGAGACCUGGGCGCGGAGCAGCGCGACGUUGGAGGGGUUGCGGGUAUUUCGAGCUGCUGCCCGACAGCCUGUGCGGCAAGAUCGCGUCGUUCAUCGUGCAUGCCAAAAGCCUCGUCGCCUUCCGCUCCACCUGCUCGUAUCUCCGGCGCGUGGUGCGGGUGGGCGGGGCGCUGGUGUUCCUGGCGGAGGACUUCCCCCACAGGGAGGCGGCGGAGAGGGGCAUCACGCAGGCGCUGCUGCAGGCCACGGCCGCCGUCACCUCGCUCUACGUCGAAGCUCCGCCCGCCUCCGACCCCUUCCAGGUGUGCUCGCCCCGCCUCGACCCCUUCCAGAUGUGCUCGCCCCGCCUCGACCCCUUCCAGGUGUGCUCGCCCCGCCUCGACCCCUUCCAGGUGUGCUCGCCCCGCCUCGCCCCCUUGCUGGUGAGCAGCGUUGAGCUUCAGUGGGCUCUCAGCUACAAUCACCUUCACGGUGAUGACGUGGUGCCUGGCGUGUCGCGACUCCCUAGAAGAGCGCACCUGCUUUCCCUCCCACAUUCACCCGACCUUAUCCCCCACCUUCCCCUCAUCUUCCCCCCACCCUCCCUCCCCGCUCUCCAGGAGCUAGCGGUGAUGAAGUGGUGCCUGGCGUGCAGGGACUCUCUAGAAGAGCUCACUCUCGUGGACGGCACAGCAGACGCCGCCAUACACCAUGCCCAGGCCCACGCUGCCGCCAUCGCUGCUGCUGCUGCUGCUGCUGCUGCCGCCGCUGCUGCCGGCUCUGCUGCUGCUGCUGCCGCGGCUCCUCCCUCUGCACCUGUAGAUCUGCCAGCAGCAGCUAGAAGAAACGGCACUGAUGCUAGCGCCAGUGCCACCACCAGUGCUCCUGUUGCUGCUGGGUCCAGACAAGGAGAGAGUGAAAGGCAGAGCCAUGGCUUUGAUAACGGCGGUACUAUUGAUCGAAGCAGCAGCGACAGCUCUGACAACGGCGGCAGUGGCAGCGGCGGCGGUGGCGGUGGCGGCAGUGGUGGUAGCAGGGACGGUGCUGCUGCUGCUGCUGCUGGCACUGCCGCAAGGCUCCCCCAACCACCCUACCACGUCAACUUAUCCCGUGCCCACCAGCGGGCAGCAGCAGCGGCAGCGGCAGAGGAAGAUGAAGAAGUGGAGGAGCAACCGCAGGAGUGGAAGCUGGAGCACGCGUCGCGCUGCCGCAACCUGCGCCAGCUGUACCUCGAGAACGCCGUCUUUGACUGCGUCUCCACGCUCCACCGCUGCUCGCCCUUCGCCUCUCUCACCCACCUGACCCUCGCUAAAGCAGUGGUGGCGGGGGACAUGGGCCUGGAGUUAGAGGUGGAUUGGCCGCCGGAGGGGCAGCUUGAUUUAGAGCUGGAGGUGGACUGGGCGCCGGAGGGGCGGCUGGAGCACGAGCUGUGGGGCGACAUCCGCAUCGAGUCGGGGCGGCUGAGGCGCAUGUCACUGGAGCUCGCAGCUGGCUUCCAAUUUCAUGCCAACCCCGAUGCUUUUAGCCGCCUGACCGAGCUCAAGGUACGGUCAGGUUCAAGCCUGUUCUUUGGUUCGACUCAAAGGGGCCGGCUGCGGCGCAUGUCUCUGGAGCUGGCUGCUGGCUUGCGGUUUCACGCCAACCCCGAUGCUUUCAGCCGACUCACGGAGCUUAAGCCGCCUCCCAUUGUUCCUGCUUGCCCUCCCUCUCCCUUUCCCCAGCUGACAGGCGAUGACUGGAGUUGGGGCACGGUGCGCGCCAUCCUUGAUCUCUGCGCACUUUCUCUCGAGGAGCUGUCUCUGACUUGCUACAUUGACCCUCUCACAGUUGCCUCCAUUGAUACUGCAACGGCAUUCUUCUCCUCUCUGCCGUCACUGCGGUUCCUGCUGCUCUGCCCCUCCGUCUACUACGUUAUGAUCGCCACACUAGGGGAAACCAAAGCGCCCAGUUCGAAAGAAUUUCACGUGGAGUAUCACGACCACGCUAUGGCCAUCAUUGCAUUCCUCACCGCUAUUCUGCGGGGCACUACUGAACUCAUUCCUCACCGCCUCCACCCCCACCCCAGGCGCCCAGCUUGGAAGGGUUCCAAGUGGAGUAUCACGACCACGCCAUGGCAGUCAUCGCCUUCCUCACCGCACUGCUCCUCUCAAGCAGUUCAACAACUGCAUCAAUCUAAGGCAUCUCUACCUCCUCCCCUCCUCUCCCUCCAGGCGCCCAGCCUGGAAGAGUUCCACAUCGACCUGGAAGAGUUCCACGUGGAGUAUCACGACCACGCCAUGGCAGUCAUCGCCUUCCUCACCGCCCUCCUGCGUGGCAGCCCGCGCCUGCGGUGCAUACAGCCCAUGGUCACGGUGCCUCAGGAACCGGGCACUGACUUGCUGGGGGACAAGGACUUCCGCCAGGCCAUUGCUCGCUUGCAGGCUGAGUUCCCCCGCGUGUCGUUCCCGUCUAUCUGGCAACUGACGUGA